UCCAACAGUGAUGACGUUUACUAGCCCUCAAGCAGAAGCAGUUCCGCUGUUCGGUUGGCGGCCACAACAAUCUCCCAAAGUCACGAAUAUUGUUUUGUCUUUCUCUUGCUCGCAUCACCCGAAGUCGAGCAGCGUUAAACCGCAAUUCGGCUGCCGACGGAGGAACGAAAGCCCAAUGAAAAGGGGCCGGUUCGAGCAGCGAGAGUGAUUGCGGCCAGGUACGGAAGCUAACCGCGUUAGCAUGCUAACAUAUAAGCAAAGGUGAUGGCCCCCACAGCUAUGAAGCUGCGUGAUCGGCGCCGUUACAACAACAACAACAACAGCGGCGAGGCGCAGCCCGAGGAAGUGCCGAGGAGCCGAGCAAGUCGCAGGGGAAAGAAGACGGGCACGGACACGCAGGCCGCCGCCGCGUCGUCUCCUCCCGCGCCGUCGGCCCGAGCGGCAGAUGAGGCGUCGCCCGACUCCAAGUGUCCCAUCUGCCUGGACCGCUUCAACAAUAUGGCGUAUUUGGACCACUGUCUGCACCGCUUCUGCUUCCCGUGCAUCCAGGAGUGGUCGCACAACAAGGCCGAGUGUCCGCUCUGCAAGCAGCCCUUCGCCUCCAUCUUGCACUCGGUGCGCGCCGAGGACGAGUUCAAGGAGUACACGCUGCGCCCCACCCCUACCAGCAGCAGCGUGGCGGCCACCGUGGCCAUGGUGGCGGCCAUGGCGUCGGCGAGCGAGGAGGAGCACGGGGUGUGGGAGUGGUAUUUGGACGUCCUGCCGUUUCCGCUGUCGGAGCGCGGCGUCAUAUUCGAAGGCCCGACGGGCCACGGCGACACCGGUCCGGGCCGGCCGUCGCGGCGCCUCGUGACCCGAUUGGCCACCAGGCUGCGUCUGCAGCGUGAAGGUGUGGCGGCGCAGCGUCUGACGGCGGAAGAGAUGGUGGCCUUUCGCCGCGCCCUCUAUCGCGGCGGCAUCCGCGUGCGCGGCGUCGCCGGCGCCGCCGAGCCCGAGCGUGACGUCACGGUGGACAGCUUCCGCCGGGACCCCACCCAGCUGAACAGACUGCGGCCUUGGCUUCGCCGCGAGCUGACAGUGUUGUACGGCGCAUACGGCUCGCUGGUGGACGUCGUCCAGCGCAUCAUCGCGGCUCGAGUGGCUCGCCACGGCUUGGAGGACGCGGCGACCAUGCAGGAAGAGCUCCAGCCCUUCCUGUUGGCGCAAACGGCGCACUUCCUACACGAGCUGCUCUGCUUCGCCCGCUCGCCGCUCAGCCUGGACGAGUACGACGUGCACGCCGCGUACCAUCCGCCGCCCGCCAACAACAGCGGCUCGCCUUCCAUCUCCGAGGAGGCGGAGGUGGGGCGGCGGCACAACGAUGAGACGCCGGGCCCCUCUAACUCUGCCGCAUUGACGUUGGCGCCCUCGAGCCCCGUCCGGCUGGAGGACGAGGCGGAGUGUUUGAUCGUGGGCUACAAGAAGCCGCUGGCCGAGCGGACGCCGGAGCUCGUGCACCUGUCGUCCGACUCAGACUCGUCGUCGCCCGCAAUCCCGCCCUCCGCCGCCCGUCAUGAAAAGGCCCCUGCGGCGGGGUCGGUGAGCUCGGUGUGCACGCUCAGCCCGCCGCUGCCUGACAAAAAGAUGAAAAAGAAGAAGAGGAGGAGGAGCCGCGAGUGUAUGAGAAAGAGCGGCACUUUGGCCAAUCCCAAUCGCUCCAUUUACCCCGCCAUGAUGUGCUCCCUUUCGCAUUCCAGCCUGGAGUCCGGCUCGCCGCUCGCCCUCAGCUCGUCGGACUGCAGCUGGGAAUUCUCCUCGUCGUCCCCCUCCUCCUCCGUCUGCUCCUCUUCACCGCCGCCGUCGCCUCUCUCGCCGUUGCGCUCCAGCGGCGAGAAGCCCAGCGGGAAGAGGAAGUACAAGAGCCGACACCUGGACGAGCACAGCCAGCCCGACAGGAGGCGGCGACGAAGGGGGCGCAGCAAGAGAAGGAGCGACUCGCGGAAGAUCCCCGCUGGCCCCGACAGCACGGGAGGGCACCAACGCGACCGCAGUCCCAGCGUGGAGAUCGUGUAUGAGGGCGCCGCCCCACCCAAGCGCCAUCGCAAGACACAGGAGCACGGCGGGCCGCCGCUCAUCAUCACACUGGAGAGCGACAGCAGCGACGACGGCGACCCGUCGCGCCCUCGAGCUCUCUCGUCAGUAUGCUCGACCGACGCGGUCGUGGACUUGGUGGACGCGCCAUCCGGCCCCUGUGAGGCGGCGGACGUCAAGGACUUUACAAAUCGAACGCAAGCGGCCGUUUGCCAGGUAAGAAGCGGCCCUCCCCCGCUGUUGCGGGCGCCAACGCUCAAACUUCAGGAUGCCGGCACCAAGGAGGAAGAGGAGGAAGACGCCAACUUUUCCCCACCCUCCUCUUCCCUUCACUUCCUGUCUCACACCACUGACCUCUUCCGAAGCGACACGGCAGCAGGAAGUGACCUCAGCCCCCCGCUCUCCCCCACCAUCAUGUCAUGUCACCUCUGAUGUCACCGCACGUCCCCGUCCCCCCCAACUCUUCUUUUGUUCCGCCUCUUAAUGUACAAGCCUGUUGCCAUGGCAACACGCCCUGGACUCCAGUCAACUGCAGUGUGUGUUCGCUCGUGGGCCACUGGAUGGCGCACUGGGGCUUCAAAUUAAUGUGGAGCCUUGUUUUGUAAGUGCUUUUAAUGUGAAACUGAGUAGCAGUGAGUAUGUUGAUGACCUCAUACACACACACGCGCACGCACGCACACACACACACUUUAUGGCAAUAAACACUUCCAGGGGAUUUGAAA